AUGAACUCAAUCUCUAAAAUUAAAGAAGUGAAUGCAAUUCUUUCUUUAGAUGAAAAUUCAGAUUUAAAUAAUAGUAUUGAGGAUACAAGGACUGAAAUAGAAAGACUGCAUAUUGAAGUUCAAAAAAUUAAUCAGAUUUCAAAGAGGUCUGCAUAUGAAAUGAAGGAAAUAGUUGAUUCUUUCCCAGUUUGUGCCUUAUUCAUGCCUCAGUGCUCAGAAGACAGAUUUGAAGAUGAAAAUCAAAUGGAAAUAGAUGAUAGUCCACAAAUGCAUGAUAGCAAUGAAAUACUAGGUUCUAAUAGUGAGACUGCCAAUUUUGAUAUUUCAACAAAUAUUGGUAUACAACACCAUGUACCAAUGUCUAUUGAAUCACCAUCUGGAAGUAUCAACUUGUCUGAAUAUUUAUAA